UAAAAGGGAGAGUAUCACUGAGCAAGUGGAGAAACACCAAUGAGAGGGGAAAGACAGCGGGGAGAUUGAAACACAGUGAGGACAGUGAUAUGGCUGCAUUUACUCCCAUUCUUUAUUUUCACAUCAUCGUUUUCCUAAUUCUUGUGGAAAUAGGACAUGCCAGUGAAGAGGACGUCCAAGUCAUGGAAAUUACAGCCCCGGGAGAUUUCAUCAUCAGUGGACUCAUGCCCAUUCAUGAAGAUGUGGAGAAAAGGGAGCACAGUUUUAAACCCCACCGCCGGGAAUGUAUCAGGUUUGAAGAAAGAGGCUUGGCAAAGUCUCUGAUAAUGAUCAAUGCUAUUGAGGUGAUGAACAGAUCCCCAGUGCUCACUGCUGUGAACGUCACUCUGGGCUACAAGAUCCUUGACUCCUGCUCUGAUGUCAACACAGCUCUGAGAGCCACAGAAUUGGUCAUUUAUGAGGACCAUCACAAUACAGACAAUGUCUCCUCCGCCUUUAUCCAGCCAGUCAUGGCUGUUGUAGGUGCCACUUUCUCUGAAAUAUCCAUCGCCAUCGCCAGACUACUGACGCUCCAAAUGAUUCCCCAGAUCAGUUAUUCAUCAAGUGCCGUCAUUCUGAGUGAUAAGAACCGCUUCCCUGCCUUCAUGAGGACCAUUCCUAAUGAUUUUUAUCAGACAGCUGCCAUGACCACACUGUUCAACAUCAACAACUGGAACUGGGUGGGAAUAGUGAUCACAGAUGGCGAUUAUGGCCGAUCAGCUUCAGAACAAUUUUUAAUCCAGGCUCUUGGAAAGGGCAUCUGUGUGGCCUUCUCAUUAAUUAUACCUCAGUCUGUGAUUGGUGAAUAUACCCACUAUGCAAUUGAGAUUGCUGCCGCCAUGAUCCUCAACAAUACCAAGGUACAGGUCAUUGUGUCCUUUGCCAGGUCAACUCAUGUUAAGCUUCUUUUCGAGGAGCUGAAGAAUCAGGUGCUGAGAAGAGGACUUAACAGAGAGUCAAUGAGAAGAGUGUGGGUGGCCAGUGAUAGCUGGUCCUCUUCCCCCUCUGUGACAAGAAAUGUAUCUCUGAGGGACAUAGGUCACAUUGUGGGCUUCACCCACAAACAUGGAGAUUCAUCAUCAUACAACCAAUACUUAAGCAGGCUGGAGAAAGCUGGACAUGAAUAUGCAAAGAAUAACCCCUUCCUGCAAAAGUUAUUCAUGCUGCUUAGUGCUGCAGGACAUAAAGACACGGAAGUGGUGUCUGAAGCUGUGAAAAUCCUUAGAAAACACAUUGGUGUUGACACCAUCUUAAGUAUUGAGAUGGCGAUUAGUGCCAUUGCUCAGGCUGUGGCAUCCAUCUGCAAGAGCAAAGACUGCAAAGGACCAGGCGCAGUGCAACCCUGGGAGUUGCUGGAUGCUCUGUGGAUGGAAGAGUUUCAGCUCAAUGGAGAGACCUAUCAUUUUGACGACAAUGGUGACAUCAACCUGGGCUAUGAUUUGACAAUGUGGUGGUCAGAUGGCAACAAAGUACAUGAGGACGAUAUUGUAGCCGAGUACCACCCACAAACCGACAGCUUCACCUACACCUCCAACAGCAUGACUCAGCAGUUCAUAGACCUGAAGCACAUCAUCUCAAAAUGCACCAACAGCUGUGUUCCUGGAGAGUUCAAGAAAACGGCAGAGGGUCAGCACACCUGUUGUUAUGAGUGCAUCAACUGUACUGAGAACUACUACUCUAAUAUGACUGAUAUGGAUCAGUGUCUGAGCUGCGACACAAGCAAAGAGUGGUCAGCCGUGGGCAGCUCCAACUGCACCCCCAAAGUCCUACUCUUCUUCUCCUGGGACGACAGCUUUGCCAUUGCUCUUCUGUUCUUUUCUGCCCUGGGCAUCCUCCUGGUUGUACUGGUUUCCGCUCUGUUCCUACAUCAGCGCGACACUCCUGUGGUGAAGGCUGCCGGAGGGCCACUGAGCCAGGUCAUCCUGUUCUCGCUGGUCGCUAGUUACGUUAGUGCCAUACUUUUCGUAGGUAAGCCCAACAAACUCCAGUGUAAGGCUCGACAGGUGGUCUUUGGGAUCAGCUUCACUCUGUGUGUCUCCUGCAUCCUGGUCAAGACCCUGCAGAUCCUGCUGGCCUUCCAGUUCAACCCUGCGGUGCAGCAGGCUCUGCGGAAGGUCUUUCAGCCUUACGUCAUCGUCAGUCUCUGUGUGUCCAUGCAGAUAUGUCUCUGCAUCUCCUGGCUGGUCCUCAGAAGCCCGUAUGCUCACUUCAUCAUGAAUCCAACCACUCUGCUGGAGGAAUGUCAUGAGGGCUCCUACUUGGCCUUUGGGGUGAUGUUAGGCUACAUAGCUCUACUAGCUUUUGUGUGUUUCAUCUGUGCCUACAAAGGACGAAAACUUCCACAGAACUACAAUGAAUCUAAGUUCAUCACCUUCAGUAUGCUGCUCUACCUCAUCGCCUGGACGCUCUUUGUCCCCGUCUAUGUCACCACUUCAGGGGUGUACCUGCCAGCUGUGGAGAUGGGGAUCAUUCUCAUGUCUAACUAUGGCAUUCUCUGUUGUCAUUUCUUCCCAAAGUGCUAUGUAAUCCUUUUUAAGAAGGAACAAAACACUAGGUCUGCUUUCAGAAAAAAUUUGUAUGAAUAUUCCAGCAAAACCUCAAUUUCUGCCUCAGAGUCUGAAAGUCCGGUGACGGACAAACAGUCCACUGAUUUGUCUUUCAUCAGUGUUUCAUCACUCUCUGUAUAUGCAGUUAGCCCCGACAAAGCUGAAGACGGGAAAAAGUGCUGCGACAUGACCAGCUGCACAAGUCUGUGCAGAGACUCGAUGCGACGCCGUUCCAGAAGAAGCAGCAUAUAACUCUCAUCAUUUAAAAAUGGGUUCUCUGAGGGAUGUUUGGUGUGGUUGUAUGUGGGACUGAAACUAAACAUAGUUUCCACCAAGCAGCACAGUGCACUGAAGUUCAGCUUGACAUGAAAUGGUACGUCCUGAUCUGGCUUGCAUUUCCACUGCAGGGUGUGUGGGCCUCAUGGUGAUACACUAUACGGACAAAAGGAGUCAGACAUCUGACCAUUAUACCAACAUGGACUUUAAUGACAUAAUCAAAUAGAUAUACAGGAGUUAUAGCAACUACCCCUGGCAUGUUUAGGGGUAGUUGCUGGUCAUAUGCUUGAGAUGUGUAGAUAUCGUAUAUUAGGUAAGACUAUUGUUAAGUGGCAAGUGGUUAACUGCCAGUGCAGAAACACACUACUACAACUGUUGUUUUGCUUAAUUUAUAAUGUAACCUAUAAAUACAUAUCUACUGUAUACAUGUACUGAGAUUGCCCCACAGUGGGAAAUGAAGCUACACUCUUUUUGUGAAGAAUUAUUACCUUACUUUUUCUCAGGCUUUUAAAUGUGUGGUGUGGUCAAAAUUGACUGUAUCAGCAGUGCCUAUCCAGUAUUAAUAAUAUAAUGUAUU